CCUCCAUGGUGAUACGGGAUUGGGAUGGGGUCUACCCAGACUACCACAUACUAGCCAAUAUAAGCUACGUUUCGGCGAUGAGUCGUCUUGAGUCACUCGGCGUCGGAAGAACCCGAAUUCCGCUCCUCCGCCCCCCCAAGCAUGUUUGCAAAGCUCCCACUGAAGCUCACAGCGCCAUUCGGUCUGUUGACCGAUGAAACCAAAUUGGCUUUUCGGAGCAAACCUAACGGAAUAUCCAAACUCAUAUCCACCAGGCACAUUCCUGAAAACGACAGCUACUGGGAUCAGGUGAGUUCGACUUACCCAGGCGACCGCGACCCAAGUUUCUUCCUGACUCUGGACCACGCAGUUCGUCGCGCUUUCUUAGAUGCACCCGAAAAUGUUGCCACCUUGGUCCGGGUCGUCGCCUCUCGGCUCUUCAAUUUGGUUUCCGAUCACACAUUUCCCGCACAGCAAACGACAACUUCUGUCACUUCGUAUGCGAGUUCUCUAAUCAAGGCAGCUACGUCGGAACGUAAUGCUACCAAGGAAGUCUUGAAUUGCAUCCGCAUACUGCAGAGAGUACUUCCUGUCGUCUUCGAGGUCGAAGGAGAAUCCAACGCAUUUGAGCUCGAAGUGCUUUGGAAGAAGGUUCAAAUUGACCAAGACGAUGGUUAUCACGUGGAUGGGCCUCAGUUUGUCAUAGAAGACGAGGAUGACGACCGUAGCGAACAUGGCGAAGCAGCAUCGCCCCACGAAACUCUACCAUCGCUUGGAGAGAAGCUCUUUAGUUGUAUCAUGGAUCUACUCUUCUGUUGUGGGUUCACUCUCCCCACGAAAAUACAAGUUGAUCACUAUAAGAUAAACUAUGUCAUCUGGGAGAAAGGUGUUGGCUCAACCGUUGACACUGGUCCGAAUGCUCAGUACGAUUCCAACAAAAUUGAAGUUUUACGCCUUCUUCUUGUCCUCUUCUCCCGCCAAAUAUAUGUUUCCCCUGCUUCGUUGUUUAUCAAACCUUCAUUUUACACUCUCCACAUGGUCCGUAAAACUCCUCGCCGAGAUGUUUUGACACUUCUAUGUUCUUUGCUUAAUACAAUCCUGAACUCGUCUACGUCGAACAACUUGACUAUCGCUAGCGUGGCGGGGAAGGUGCCCUAUAACCACCUGGUUUUCAAAGGAGAAGAUUCUAGAAUUGCACUUGUGGGCAUGUGCUUGCAGGUUCUUUGCGCCUUACUGGACUUUCAGAGUGGACCUGCGAAAGAUGUCGUGUCUGGUAACGACGAGAACACGUCGACAUCGAUGCCGACGGCACAGACAAAUGCUUUUCGCUACUUCAUCGCGAAAUUGCAUCGGACGCAAGAUUUUGCUUUCAUUCUUGACGGCAUUAGCAGCAUCCUGAACCAGCAGCUUGCCAUAACAAAUAUUCUUCUCCCCGGCUCUAGAAAAUCGGUACCUUAUAUACCUGAAACAAGUAGGAACAAAUUAUUGCAUCACAGCAAUGUGAUGUUUUCACAGAAAUUCCGGGCAUACAUUCUUGACUCAGACAAAGUGGUCGAUGUACUAGCGUACUUCUUUUCUUACGGUUUGGAGAUCAAGGACAAACCGCAGCAACUCGGCCUCUGUCGAGCGUUAUCUUACAUCAUUCAAACAUUGUCCGCCGAGCCCGCUUUUGGCAAUAAGCUUUGCUUGCCCGUGAAGAUCGCCAUUCCUGCUAAAUGGUCCACGCCCGGAACUGCAGCGGACUUCAUGAUUACGUCCAUUUACUCUAUGAUGGCUACAACAUCGGGUACCAUGUCGUCACUCUAUCCGGCACUCAUCAUCGCCCUGUCAAAUGUAGCACCCUACUUUAAGAACCUUUCUAUCGUUUCUUCAAAUCGCCUCAUCCAGCUGUUCACCGCGUUCGCCAAUCCUCGGUUUUUACUGUCGGACGAGAGUCAUCCGCGACUUCUCUUUUUCAUCCUCGAGGUGUUCAAUUCCGUGAUAUUCCAUCAUUUGUCCGACAACCCCAAUCUCUUGUAUGCCAUUAUCACAGCGCAUCAAACGUUACAGGAUCUUGGUACCUUCACGCUUGCAAGCGGAUUGCGAGAAAUUAAGCAUGCGGAACUCGCCAAGGAAGAACGGACCCGACAGGGAGACCCUAACAGGAAGUCAAAUUUGAGGGAGGCUGACAUCGAAGCUGGAGACGUGCAGGCUGAGAAGGCUCGGUUAUUGCUAAACGAAAGCCAUCGUAUUGUUGCGAGAAGUGAAGGAGUGGAGUCUUUUCGUGAAGGCGCUGCUGAAGAUGAAGAUGAGGAAAAUACGAGUAUUCUGGCGAGUAAAUCAGAGAAAGUCAGAGGAAAAAUGAGGGAAAGGUCGGUGUCAUCAGAAACGACAAGUAGUGCCGAGCUACUUGCAAGCGCUGGGGUUGGAAGAAACGGCUUUGUGCCUACGCAGGAAUGGGUAUACGAUAGCCUUCCGCUGGAUACCGUGAUGCUUGUCAUAUCUGAACUCCUUCCGAAGAUACAGCGUCUACAAGGGGGAGGCCAGAAGGUCACCAGCACUGGGGAAAUUAUCGAUUUCUUACGAAGCGUAUCGCUGGUGGGUGUCCUGCCACCUGCACCCCCGCUGCACCCCAGAAAAUUCAUGUGGUCUGAUGCCUCGAUGGUUUGGCUGACAUCCUUGAUCUGGGGCGAGAUCUAUGUUCAUGGGAUGUCCCCGCUGGGUAUAUGGAGCUCGACCAAUGUUCGACUGUUCUUCGUGAAACAUACGAAUAGUCAACCACGCCAGAUCGCAGGAACCAUGUCACAUGUGGUAGGUGAACUGUUCUCGCAGGCCCGCCAGAGGCCGGAAUAAGUAGUCAUAGUGUACGAAUGAUUUUUUCGCGCUUAGGUUCAGUUUUGAACAAUUAUUCUAUGUACAUAUCACAGGUGUAAUUUGUUCUGGAGCUUUGAGACUUUGGAACGCUAGCAACUUGACUGCCAUUUUUGGCCGGGAA